AUCUAUAAUGGCCGUUCUGGAGGCCAACAGCAGGAAGCCAGAACCAGAACCACAAGCUGAACUUCAGCAUCCAGAAAUAAUAGAAGAGCGAGAGGUGCCAGUACCAAAGCAUAUAUCAAUGCCUGCACCAGUAUCACAAGCAGAACCUCCAGCCCCGACUCCCAUAGUGUUUACUGAACCACCACCUCAACAACAACAACGACAACAGAUCCUAGCCAGGAGGGAAGAAGAAGAAGAAGAGCCCAUGGAGCAGAGAGAGACGGACCAUGCUGCUCUGGAGGUCACGUCUGAAGCUGCAUCGCAGCAGAUGGAGGUGUCUGAGGAGACUUCACAGUCCAACUCCAUUUCAGAGAAGACAGACGAACCCAUGGAGGAGUCAGCUGCGAUGCCUGUGGAUGCGCCUGACCAACCCAAAGAUGAGUCUGAGGAUGUGGUUCCAGAAGCAGAAGAAAGCAGUGUGGACUAAUGCCAUGUGAAAUAAGACUGAAUUAAUGCACUGACUCUGAGAAGAUGUGUCAUUUUAUGUUGCUUUGUUCAGUGUUCUAUGUAUCUGUAAGUUAGAAGUAAAAAUGAAAU